GACACCUCAGCAGGCUGCCGGCUUUCCCCUCCCCUUUCGCUGUGUAUGGUGUUCCGUGCCCUGGGCGCCCUGCCCCGCCUCUCUCCGCUGUCUGCCCGCUCUCUGCUCGUUGCUGUCAUGAAGCCGCUCGUGGUGUUCGUGCUGGGCGGGCCCGGCGCCGGGAAGGGGACUCAGUGUGAGAAGAUAGUGGAGAAAUAUGGUUAUACCCACCUGUCCGCUGGGGAUCUGCUUCGGGAUGAGAGGAAGAGACCAGAUUCUGAAUAUGGAGAGCUUAUUGAGUCCUACAUAAGGGAUGGGAAGAUCGUUCCAGUUGAGAUUACAAUCAGCCUUCUGAAAAGGGCAAUGGAACAAACCAUGGCAGCCAACGCUGACAAGAACAAGUUCCUCAUUGACGGUUUCCCAAGGAAUGAGGAUAAUCUGCUGGGCUGGGACAAAACAAUGGACGGAAAGGCAGAUGUGUCCUUUGUCCUCUUCUUUGAUUGUGAUAAUGAGACUUGCAUUGGACGCUGCUUGGAACGAGGGAAGAGCAGUGGAAGAAGUGAUGAUAACAGGGAGAGCUUAGAAAAGAGGAUUCAGACAUACCUCCAGUCCACCCGGCCCAUCAUCGAUCAGUAUGAGCAGAGGGGAAAAGUUCGGAAAGUGGAUGCCUCUAAGUCUGUAGAUCAGGUUUUCGUCAAAGUCCGGGAAAUCUUUGAUCGGGAAGGAUAA